AUGUUGAUCCAGCGAGAAGCAUAUCUGCGCGAAACGAGCGACAAUAUCUGGGAGGAACUGAAGGAGCUGAAAGGAAGAAAUGUUAUCCGGAUCCGUGAACUCCAAAAAGAGUUCCAGAGAAUCGAAGACAAACUCCUGUGGAUAUCCGUUGAUUACAAUAGCUUCACCUGGACACUGAGAAGAGUGGCCGAGGUGCUGGAGCACACUCCAGUGUGGCGGGCCUUGCAGCGGCGCCAGAGCGAUCCCAAGUGGUAUCUCUCACACUGGCUGCGCUCACAUUGUGCAGCGAACGGUGGGUGCUGUGAGAGGCCUCGCAAUAGGAGAUGUUACGACGGGCUGGGGCAUUGUACCGUCACCUGCGGCUGCUGUGAGCGAUUUCGAGGCUAUCAGAUCAAAACUGAGGAAUGGACGUAUCCAGGCCGGAUCUACUAUGAUGUGCAACGCGAGAAGUCUGAUCUUUACACGGGACUUCUUCUGAAUUCGUAUGUCUGGGGACUGUAG